AGCUAGGUUUGCCCAACUGAAGAGCCAAGGGCCCUUCAGUAAAACUACCCUCCCCUCUCUCUCCUCCCUCUUUCUAUUCCUCCCAAACCUUUUCUCUUUUCUCAUACACAAACACCAAGAAAUCGUACUUCCCUUGAAGCUUUCCUCAAAGGGAAAAGAAUGGCGACAUCUUCUAGAAAAUCAAAUGCACCGGUUUUGCCGUUGACAUCGAAGUUCCACCGUUCAGGUUCUCCGUCCGGAAGAUUCGGAAGUCGCUCAUCGGCGUUUGCAGCUGAGGUCUCAUCGCCCUUUGCGUCAUCAACGAGUUCCAGCUUCUAUUCGUCUCCGUCUUCGAGUCAUGUUUACAGUCGACCGACUUCGCCGACGCGCGUGAACCUCCACGGAUUCGCUCCGGUGACUUCGUCGGCGGUGAGAUUCUCGUUGGCAAGCAGAUCCGGAUCUCCCAACCGGUCGAUGGCGAUGAGUUCUCGAGAUCAGGUUGUUCGAAAACAGAACGCUGGAAAUCCACUGAAGAAUUUACCGAAGAAGACGUGUAUGUGUUCGCCUACGACGCAUCCAGGAUCGUUUCGGUGUAGUCUCCACAAGAAUUAUAAUAGCACACAAGCGAUGACGUACUCUCCAAAUCGGUUGAAUGCUCGUAGAUCUGCGAUGACGAAUUCAUUAGUGCGAAUCGCUACAGUCGAAGGUGGAGAUCUGGUGAAGAGAGCUUUAGCUGCCUUGAUCCGACCGUCGUCGCACCAACAGCGGCGGAGAUCGGCGUUUGAGCCUCGACCAAGCCGUCUCUCCAUCAUGUCCAAGGCCGACGACUUAUGAUUUUCCACAAAAAUCCUCUGGUUGUACGGUUACAGGUUUGAUGAUUUUACCUCUUACCUUUUCCAUUACAGAUCUCUCCCGCGAUGAUGCUUGGAUUCUGAUGAAGAUUGCUGUUUUUGUAAUUCGCCGACAUGAAAAUCAUUCCUUACAUUUUGACACAAGGAUGAAGCUUUAUCCAUUUAUGGAAUCUAAACGAAAAGAAACCGAUCCUCCUUUGUACAUAGAUGAUAGUAUAUGCUUGCAGCCAUUGUGAUUGCAAAAUUGAAGGACAUUUUGAAUUGAA